GUUGAAGUCAAGUAGCUGACAGCAGAGCAGUGGUUAACAACUCCUCUCGUAUAGUAGAAACAUUACCUAUAUGUAUCUUUAAAAAGAUACCUUCUUUGGCCUUAAUCUGUGGGAGUUUCUUGGAAAGCACAAUGUUGAGAAUUUGCAGCAAAGCUGUGGUGGAGAUGGUGAGGCCCUUUCACAUGGUGAAACCUGUAUCAGCGACCCUGGUUCCUGGCAGAAACCUGUCUCAGCAGAAGGGACUGCCCAGUCAGCCUGUCCCCCCUCUGCAGCAGACCUGUGAGCACUAUCUCAGCUAUAUGGAGCCCAUUCUGGAGGAGGAUGAGUUGACGCGAACCAAAAAACUGGUGGAAGAGUUUCAGAAAGCAGGAGGAGUCGGAGAAAGACUCCAGAGAGGCCUGGAAAUGAAAGCACGCAACACUGAGAACUGGUUUACAGAGUUUAUUGUCAAGGAUGGAUUUCUUGCUGCGCGAAAGCCUCUCGCAGGUGUAUCAAAUUCUUCAGGGAUCUUUCCCCAAAAGUACUGUAGUAAUAAAAAGGAAAAAAUAAGGUCUGCUGCAAAAUUGAUAGCAGCUGGAAUGGAAUUAAAGACAAUGAUUGACAAUGACACACUACCAGCUGAGUACAUAAAAGGGAAGCCACUGUGUAUGAAGCAGUUUGAGUAUCUGUUUUCAUCCUGCCGUAUCCCUGGUGCGACAGUGGACACCAUGGAGUUCUACGCCCAGAAACACAUCACUGUAGUACACAACGGUCAGUUCUUUGUGAUGGAAGCAUACAACAGUGAUGGGAGUCCACUGACAGUUGAUCAGCUUUGUGUUCAGCUGGAGAGGAUCUGCAACUCCUCACUACAGACCAACAUGGAGCCUGUUGGAAUCCUCACCACCCAGCGUCGUGACAGCUGGAGCAAAACCUACAACAACCUCAUCAAAGAUGAGACCAGCAAAGAGUCGGUGUUGGCUAUCCAAAGCAGCAUCUUUUCAGUGUGUCUGGAUGGAGCGAGGCCCUCAGAGUCUAAUGAGAAGUAUCGCAGCAGUUCUUUUCGUCAGAUGCUGCAUGGAGGAGGCAGCCAGUGGAACAGUGGAAACCGCUGGUUUGACAAGGGGCUUCAGUUAAUUAUUGGAGAAGAUGGGACAAGCGGUCUGAGCUUCAUGUGUACAGUUGCUGAUGGUAUCGUCCACUCGUCCGUGUGUGAACAUUUUACAGCAAUCAUGAAAAAGCCAGAGGUGAUACAGUCCCCCAUGGAGCCUUUACCCAUGCCCCAGAAAUUACACUUCAACCUCACACCUGAGAUCAAGAAGGACAUUGAAGAGGCCAAGCAGCACAUGGACGCACUGGCUGACGACCUGGAUCUGAGCUUUACGGGAUUUGACCACUUUGGGAAAACCUUCAUAAAGGCUCACAAGAUGCGCCCUAAUGCUUUCGUACAGUUGGCGCUGAAGCUGGCUUACUACAGGAUGUACCAGCAGAUCUGUCCAUCACUGGAAUAUGUCUCCCUGCGUGCGUUCAAACUAGGACGUAUAAGUUUUAUGAAUACAAACUCGCCUGCCUCAGCUGCCUUUGUCAAAGCCUUUGAUGACCCCAUUAUACAGAACCCAGAGAAGGUUGCUUUAUUGGAGAAAGCUUUAAAGACACAUGCAUGGUACACUGACAUGGCAUUUAGAGGCCAGGACGUGUCUUGCCAUCUCUAUGGUCUGAGGACGCAGGCUGAGGAAGAAAACAUCCCCAUGCCUGAAAUCUUUACAGACCCCUCCCUUUUUAAAGUCUUUGACUGCAAACUUGGAACAAGUUCUGUAAUAAACAAAGGUGAAUGUUUGCCAUGUUAUGGCCCUGAUGAACCUGGAAAAUAUGAAGUGCUUUACAGUGUUAAGGACGAUCACAUUGAGUUUACGGUGUCUGCUCAUAAAUCCCACUAUACCAGCAAAGAAAAAACUGCAGCUCAUUUGGCCCGAGUCGUGGAGGAUGCAAUGUUGGACAUGAGGACCUUGCUGGAACAAACUACAACAAGCUAAUCCAGACUUAAAGCAAUAGUGCAACAUUUGGGAAAAUUUGCUGAUUUCAGAGAGCUAGAUUAAACUGACACCAUCCUUGUGUCUGUCCUUUAAAUAUAGAGCUGCUGUUGAUUUAAUUUCUCUUAAAUUCUUGCAUCCCAGGAUGUUCACAGUUUCAUAAAUAUAAAAACCAGUAAAACCAUGCUGCAAAUUCUAUGUAUCACAUCAUUAGUUUAUCUUAGAGCAAAGACUGUCUGUGUGUGUGUGUGUGAAGAUCAUAAAAUCAGCCUACCAUCUACUGGGAGCAGCAACUUCCCCAAGUCUUGUCAUCACCAUGAGGUUGCCUAGGAAUGGGUAUUGUUAAGAUUGUAAUAGUGCCACCACUCUUACCAAUACUCCUUAUUGACCCACCACUCAGUAUUUUUUGUUAUAUUUCAAGAGAAAAACAAAAGAAAUUAAGAACUAUUAUUAACUAUUAUUAUAAUUAACACUGUUUUAUUUUCUUACAUGUACUGUAUUAAACUCUGUGUUCAUUUUGUUAAUAAAAAAAACUAUAAUGAGUAGAUGUUCAUCAGUGACCCUUUUCCCUAAGACCAAAUGUUGACAAGUUCAACUUAGAUCUGUGAUAAUAAAAACUGUGAUGAAA